CGGUAGUCGCGUUCGGCGCGUCGUACGAGCAAGUACGUUCUCGUUCGUGCUCGUCCCGUAACUCCCCCCCGAGCCGAGAGUUCGCCUUCGGACGCACCACCGCCGCCGCCGUCGUUCGUCGUCGUCGUCCCUCGCCGACGGUCCGUUUCAUUCGCGCGUCUCGCCGAACGGAGGUGAGAAACCGCCGCGGAGGAUACCGGGGGAAAAAAAAGGACAUGUGCCGAUGUUGAUCCUCGCGCCUGGGAAACCGUCGCUGUUCCUCGAAAAUCGUCCUUGCUGAUACGGCCGGUCGGAGGCCGCCGGGCGCCGCCACGAGGAUGCCCGAGGAUCGAUCGUAACCGGAAAUCCUCUGCUGGCCUUGCAGAGGUAGGGGACGAAUCGGUCGGCCGCUGGAACUAUCGAACCCGGACGAAGACAUGAAGUCGUCGGACGCUUAGCCGGUAUUUCGCGGUACUUCGACAGGGCUGGUGGCGAUGAACUGGUCGCGGGUGGCCCGGCCGGUGGAAACGUGAAUCCUGUGGCUCUGUUGCGUAGUGCGACCGAUAGAGAAGCAGAGAGCGACAUGUCCGUGGAAUACCCCGGUGAUCUCGGCAUCAGUGAAGAUCGGAACCGAAGCAAGCUCGAUGGAACCGUCCAGGGAAACCAGACCGAGUAUCGGCUCGACACCUUCCCGGAAUACCUCAACGUCACCCUCCCCGACGCCAACGCGACGGAAGAGAUCGACUCGUUCUACUUCUACGAGACGGAACAAUUCACGGUGCUGUGGUUGCUGUUCGCGAUGAUAGUCGUGGGGAACAUCGCGGUCCUGAUUGGCCUUCUCUGGGGAAAGCGCCGGAAAACGCGGAUGGACUUUUUUAUCAAGCAGCUCGCUCUUGCCGAUUUAUUGGUGGGCCUGAUAUCCGUCCUAACGGAUAUAAUUUGGCGGACGACGGUGACCUGGCACGCGGGCAACGUUGCCUGCAAGCUGAUAAGGUUCAUGCAAGCUCUCGUUACCUACAGCUCGACGUACGUGCUCGUCGCGUUGUCCAUCGACAGGUACGACGCCAUCACCAGACCGAUGAACUUCACUGGCAGGUGGUGGAGGGCAAGGGCGUUGGUGGUCGCUGCCUGGAGCCUUUCCGCGCUAUUUAGCACGCCCAUCAUCUUCCUCUACGAAGAGAAACGCAUACAGGGGAAGAUCCAGUGUUGGAUAGACCUGGGAUCGCCGACGCUCUGGAAGAUCUACAUGAGCCUGGUCAGCUUCACCCUCUUUAUAGCCCCGACGCUGAUAAUAGGGGGCUGUUACGCUGUGAUCGUGGUCACUAUAUGGUCGCAGGGAGGAGCGUUGCGUCAAGGACCUACCAGGGACACCAGAAGAGCCUCGUCCAGAGGUCUGAUACCCAGGGCGAAAGUGAAGACAGUCAAGAUGACCCUGGUGAUAGUGUUCGUAUUUAUACUUUGCUGGAGCCCGUACAUAGUGUUCGACCUCCUCCAGGUUUACGGGUACGUGCCGAAGACCCAGACCAACAUCGCCGUGGCCACCUUUAUUCAGAGCUUGACGCCUCUGAACUCAGCUGCCAAUCCGAUCAUAUACUGUCUGUUCAGCACCUCGUUCUGCAAGACCAUACGGAACAUGCAGGCGAUCUCCUGGGUUUCUGGAUGGUGCGCGACGAAUCCUCAUCACUGCUUCGGCGCCGGCGGUCCAAACAGUAGCACCCGGACCACUGUCACCACGUCCCUGACGGCCCACUCGUCCAGGAGGAGUGGGCACAUCGCGGUGCUGCACUCGACCUCUAAGAAACGGGUCAUGGUGUCGCUGGUGUGAACAUAACGGCGAUUAGGACAACUUUCGACUCCCGUUUACCAUUGGCUGGGUUCACAGCUCUAUGGACUGUGGCGCCCUCCGAGCGCGAGUACGUCGCUACCGAUACGCUCUGCGGGCCUAUAAGCAAACAUUCAUCCUUUGGCAGGUUAUUUGGGACAUCGUACUGACAAGGGGACCCUACGGUAUAUUGCAUUGGCGGCUAAUCUUUUCCUUGGGAGUUUCUAUUGUUUUCACUUUCCAGCGUACAGGGUGUAAAAAAAGGUUAUGUCAUGGCUAUCAUAGAUCGACAUAGAUCGAUGGAGAUCUGUUUAAACAACUCUCCGCACAAAAAAACCUUGACCAUAUUUUUCAAGAUCAAAUUGUAUUACGACCCUGACUUCGGCAAUUUAGGACUGAACAACAAAAGCGUCAAUAUCGAAAGCUAUUUUAUUUCAAUCAAUUUACAUAAGUGUUCGAAGUGAAGUAUAUUUUCUUGUAAGCACGAUUCUAUUCGUGUGAACAAAUUACGAUUAGUUGCAAAUAGAAACACAACUUAACAUGAGUACGUUUAACCGAUAAAUGUUUUCAAAUAAUUACGUAAUUAACCGUUACAAUUGUUAUGUUUUAUUUAGAGAUAAUCUCCGUUGGUUCAAUUGUACAUAAUUUUCAAGACAAAUUUAUGAUGAAAAAUCUCUGUUGUUCAAACUCAAAUUACUGAAGUGAAGAAUUAGCGUGCCACAUUGAUGCGCGCUGAAUGGUUUACUGAGCGGUGCCGCUAGAUGGCAGUAAAGGCGUGCAAGAGCGUCCAUUUUGGAUUCAUUCCAAUGCGUAAUGGAUUAUAAAAGAUUAUGCCAAGGUUAUGUCAAGGCUACAUUCCUAGAUUCACGACUUAGAUUUUUGGACUUUUCUCGACGAAAUCCGUUGAAAUGUACACUGGAAAUUAAAAAAAAUAGAAACCUCCAAGAAAAAGUUUAAACGAGUUGGCCAAUAAGACAUCGCGUUUCUUCCCAAUAAAUGGCAAUACAGCUUUUGCAAUAUAACGCAAUGACUGGGCUGCGGAUCUUCAUGCAAAAUAAAAAUUUCUUGAUUCAGUUACAAGAAACAGAAAGCAAAUAGAAAUAUUUGUUUUCUAUUGGUAAUUUCAAUAGAUUAAAAAGAAUGUAAAAACAUUCUUCAAUUCUACUGAUAUCAUCAUUAUUCGCUAUUUCACAUAGUAAAUUUUAUCAUAAAUGCAUAAAAUCCGCGGCCUAGCAAUGACUUAUUGGCCGAUCCAAUAGUUUUAGGACGGGACAGAUAGAACACCUUCUAUCGUUGCAAUCGUACGAUUUGAUCCUGAAAUUGAUCAUUUAGUACAGGCCUGCCCCUUGUGGCCCGUGAGCCGUAUAAGACUUCUUCCGCCACAGCUCGGCGAUCUCCACCGCGACGGUGUUGUAUACAGGGUGUCUUAAAAUUAUGAUAGUUCCGGGAAAUCAAAGGUUUCUGAGAUCAUUUGAAGUAACUUUUUCCUUUGCGCAAAUGCAAUCCGCGGCUUCGU